AUGAAAGCUCAUGCUGAGAUUUAUCAGAAGGAGGAUAAUAGGAAGCGGCAGGCAGCCAAGAUAUUGGAGGCUCUCAUUGCCAACAGCAUCGAACAAGAUGUGUUCGACGAGCUUGAGCAGCGGGAAGACAAAUACACGGUGAAAGUAAUUCCUGAUGGGAUGACGGCGCAAGUCAGCAGGCAAGACGGGCCGAUGAUGUUGUAUCAGCUCGUUUGCAUGGUGUGUGUCGACACUCUAGCAACGGUAUCUACCAUCCUGGAGCUACUCUCAGUCGCAGGACUAGUACAAGCCAUGACGGACGCUGAUUCAGACAUUAAAAUAUUUAAUAGGAAAGUGAACUCCCUUAUCAUUUCUUUAAGGGCAAGGCAAGAGGCGAUUCCGAGUCUCAUCGCUCCACUGUUCAAAGCUUAUCAGUCAUGUGAAGACAAAGCAUUUGCGCACUAUUUUAAGAGGAAACAAGAACAGUAUGAGGAUAGGUCGCUUACGGAGCCAUUGGAGCACGCGGCAUUGAUUCGAAUGGCAGGCGAACGAUACAAGAUUAUAGUGGACAAGAAGGAAUGGAAGAUGAAAUCCGAAGACGAACUAAAGUUCAUUGCACUGAAGGCCACUGUAGAACAACAGAACAAGCAACUCACUCAAAAGCCGAUGCAAAAGGCGAGACAGCCCCAGCAAAAGGAGAGACAAGGGCCCAACAACAUCGGAGAAUGGGCUUGGAAGUCAGUCGCCCCAAAGGAAGGGGAACCAAAAGAGAAGAAGUUCCGCAACAAGCAAUACAUCUACUGCCCGCAUCAUGGCGAUACAAAGUGGGUAUUGAAAGUGAACAGGCAAGGAGUAAUCCAUGCGACUAACUGCAGGGCAAGACUAAAGGGCGAUACGACGACGUCGCUUACGGCGGCCACCGAGGAUGAAAGCGAUUCGCACUCGAGCGACGCGGGUACCCCGUCUAAACGAGACAUUAGGAUUGCGCAGGCACUCACAUCAGUUCUGGAGGAAGAGCUAUCUGGCAUUACUGAGGACGAGAACCUAUUGACUCCCGGUCAAAGGUGA